UCUGACAGACACAGACAGACCGGUGUGUUUCAGACUUGCACUGAUAUUCCUACCGGUCUGUCGUUUGAGCUUGAGGACCACAUUCGAUCUUCACAUCUGACUUUAUAUUUCCGUUGCUGGCAUCAGUCCAGCCGAGGACACGAGCAGACAUCAUGUCUCGGUCGGGUGCCUCCCCGCGGCCCUCGUCGGGUCACCAAGGUCACCAGGGUCGCCACGGGGGUCAUGGGGGUCACGGCGGCUCCUCUCGAGGGAAGGGGCUGAAGGACAUCCGCGUGGACGAGGAGGUCAAGAUAGCCGUGCACAUCGCCCUCGAGAAGUUCCAAUACAGCGAACAAAAAGAGAUGGAGUUUCCCUCCUCCUUGACGAGUACAGAGAGGGCCUUCAUCCAUCGCUUUGCCCAGUCGCUGGGGUACAUCUCUAAGAGCCGCGGUAAGGGCUCCAGCCGCUUCCUGACGUUGCGUAAGAAGGACGGCUCGGAGGCGGCCACCUCCCUCAUGACCUUCAGCCUCACCCCCGGAUCCAGGCAGGUGAUCCGCAACCUGCUGCAGCGCUUCCCGAUGACCAGCAAGGAGGUGAGCGACCUGCUACCACGCACCGAGAGGGGACCACUACUCCCCCUGGAGGCCGGAGAUAGCGGGCGUGAUAAGAACCGUACGAGCGGCCGUCUGAAUAACGGCAUUCCGCAGGUGCCCCCCCGCCGCGGCCCGUCGGACCUGGAGGGUUUCCGGCGGUCGCUGCCCGUCUACGAGAGGCAGGAGGAGAUCGUCAACAUCAUCAAGGAGAACCGCGUGGUGCUCGUACUGGGGGAGACCGGCUCCGGGAAGACCACACAGAUUCCGCAGUUCCUAUUGGACGACUGCAAUCGUAAUGGAAUCCCGUGCCGCAUCUUCUGCACCCAGCCCCGUCGCCUAGCAGCCAUCGCCGUGGCGGAGAGGGUGGCGGCGGAGAGGGGGGAGAGCAUCGGGCAGACUAUAGGGUACCAAAUACGCCUGGAGAGCAGAGUGUCCCCCAAGACGUUGUUGACGUUCUGCACCAGUGGAGUUCUACUGAGGACACUGAUGGCCGGAGACGCCACCCUGUCAACAGUCACACACGUCAUAGUGGACGAGGUGCAUGAGCGCGAUGGCUUGAGUGACUUCCUGUUGACGAAGCUGAGAGAGCUGCUCUCCAAGAUGCCGACGCUCAGACUCAUCCUCUCCUCCGCCGCGCUCGACACACAACUCUUCACACGAUACUUCACAACAUGCCCCGUCAUACACAUUAAGGGGCGGCCGUUUGAUGUGAAGGAGCUGUUUCUGGAGGACGUGUUGAGGACGACGGGAUACGCCAACAAGGAUAUGAUGAAAUACCAGAAGGAGAUGCAGAGAGUGUCCCAGCAGCAGACGUCUCUUCAGGAGUGGUGUAAGGUGCGAGAGGGGGGCGGUGCCAAACCAGAGGUGGGCGUGGCCAAGUCUGAGCCCCAGAGAGGCAAGAUGGCCGCCUGCAUCCUGCAGGAGAACGAACUGCUAGACGACGCCAUCUUCAACCAGCUGAGUGAGAAGGAUGUCUCUUCCUUAGACCCCUGGCUUCUAAAAGAGAUGGAUGCAUGCUUGUCCGAUAUCUUCCUGAACGAAGACGCGGACGCAUUCACACAACUAUUCAACCUCAUACUCAGCGAAAACGUCAGCGUUGACUAUAAGCACACCGAGAAGAGUGUGACUCCUCUGAUGGUGGCUGCAGCCAGAGGCUUCAUCAGUCAAGUGGAGCAGCUGCUCAGCAUGGGCGCCAGUACCUCUAUUAAGGCACCUAACGACUGGACGGCCAUUGACUGGGCUAAGCACUUUGAACAGACAGAGGUGGUCGACCUGCUGGAAGCUUACAUCUCCUCCCAGGAGGCGGGCAAGCUGGACGAGUCCUCAUUGGUGCAGGCCGGUGGGGCGGAGCUAAGCGCUGAGGAACAGGAGCUGCUGAAGGUGUACCACCACAGUUUCGAUGAUGAGAAGGUUGAUCUGGACCUCAUCAUGCACCUACUGCACAACAUCUGCCAAAGCUCAGACGAGGGUGCUGUGUUGAUCUUCCUUCCUGGUUACGAUGAGAUCGUCAGUUUGAGAGAUCGGAUUCUCUACGAUGACAAGAGAUUUACAGACCAACUGCACAAGUACCAGGUGUUCACCCUGCACUCCAACAUGCAGACGUCAGACCAGAAGAAGGUGUUGAGGAACACUCCUGUGGGCGUCCGCAAGAUCAUCCUGUCCACAAACAUCGCUGAGACGAGUAUCACAGUCAACGACGUGGUGUUCGUGAUCGACUCUGGCAAAGUGAAGGAGAAGUCGUUUGAUGCCCUGAACCAUGUGACCAUGCUGAAGAUGGUCUGGAUCUCCAAAGCCAGCAGCCUACAGAGGAAGGGGAGGGCUGGGCGCUGUCGGCCUGGUGUGUGUUUUCAUCUCUUCAGUCGUCUGAGAUUUAACAACAUGAUGGAUCACCAAACACCACAACUACUCAGGAUGCCCCUCCAGGAGUUGUGUCUGCAUACUAAGCUGUUGGCUCCUAUCAGUUGUCCGAUAGCUGACUUCCUCUCCAGAGCUCCUGAGCCGCCUCACCUGCUGAGCGUCAAGAACGCAGUACAGAUGCUCAAGACUAUCGAUGCGAUGGACCCCUGGGAGGACCUGACUGAGUUGGGGUACCACCUGGCCGAUCUCCCCGUGGAGCCCCACCUGGGUAAGAUGGUGCUGGUUGCCGUGGUGCUCAAGUGCCUGGACCCCAUCCUCACCAUCGCCUGCACCCUGGCACACCGAGAGCCAUUUCUGCUGCCCGCCCAGGCUGCCCAGAAGAGGGCCUCCAUGCUCUGCAGAAAACGCUUCACGGCCGCAACCUUUAGUGACCACAUGGCCCUACUGAGGGCAUUUCAGGCGUGGCAGAAGGCUCGUAGUGACGGUUGGGAGCGGCCCUUCUGUGAGAAGAACUUCCUGUCGCAGGCUACCAUGGAGAUCAUUAUCGGCAUGCGGACACAACUACUGGGACAACUACGCGCCAUAGGGUUUGUGCGUGCGCGUGGCGGUGGCGAUAUCCGUGACGUGAACAUGAACUCUGAGAACUGGGCGGUCGUCAAGGCGGCGCUGGUGGCCGGGAUGUAUCCAAACCUGCUGCACGUGGAGCGCAGCGGAGACUCACACGCAAACUCAUCCGCCGCCCUCAUGGGACCCAAGGAGAAGAGGGUUCGCUUCCACCCCACAUCCAUACUGAGCCAACCACAACUGAAGAAGAUCCCUCCGGCCAAUGGGCAGGCGGCGGCGGUAGCAGCUCUGCCCACUGAUUGGCUGAUCUACGAGGAGAUGACUCGUGCUCACCGCAUCGCCAGCGUCCGCUGCUGCUCCACCAUCACCGCCAUCACCGUCGCCAUCUUUGGGGGCGGAGCCAAGCUGCCUAGCAACGCCCUGCAGGAGGCCAGCAUGCAGAGAGAUGAUGUGAAUGAGAGUAGUGACAGUGAGAUUGACGACCGCUCCUCUGCUCACCUCUCACACCUGAAGAUAGACGACUGGCUACACUUCAGACUCGACCGAGAGACUGCUUCUCUGGCGUUUCAGCUUCGUCAGAAGUGGCAUGGCCUCUUCCUGCGGCGUAUCCGCUCGCCCUCCAAGCCCUGGUCUCCGCUGGACGAGGCCACGCUAAGGGCCCUGGUGGGGGCACUGGGGGCUGAGGAACAGGCGGCAGGUCUGCAGCAGCCUACCGGGAUUGGCCAGAGACCCAGGCCCAUGGCCAAUGAGGAGGCUCCUAGCCAGCCCCCCGCCUGGAAGAGCUCCCAACAGGGGAGGAGAGGAGGAGGAGGAGGAGGAGACUAUGAGGAAGCACUGGAGGCAGGAGGAGACAGCUGCAGGCCUCCGCGUGUGUCGUCUGGCUCCCCCGGUGGCGUCCAGCUGAAGGUGCGAGGAGAGAAGGGAACUCAACAUGGCCGACGGACCGACGAACACACACACGCACACGCACACACACACUCAUACACACCUCGAGCAGCAGACAGCCCUGGGACCAGCCCCUCAUCCACCAGCUCUGGGAAGGGUUCUCCGCGUCCCUCUUGUGUGCGUUACUUCAUCAUGAAGAGUUCUAAUCUGCGCAAUAUCGACCUGAGCCAGCAGAGGGGGAUCUGGAGCACCACGCCCUCUAACGAGAUGAAGCUCAACAGAGCCUUUAACGAGGCCAACCUCGUCAUCCUCAUCUUCUCCGUACAGGGAUCCGGACACUUCCAGGGCUAUGCGCGCAUGUCGUCUGAGAUCAGUGGUGAGCGGUGUCAUGACUGGGGGGCGUCGGGCCUGGGGGGCGUGUUCUCAGUGGAAUGGGUCCGCAAGGAGGCGCUGCCCUUCUCACACUGCCACCUCCUGGCCAACCCCUGGAACGACAACAAGAAGGUGCAGAUCAGCAGAGACGGACAGGAGUUGGAGCCCGGUGCUGGUGCUCAGCUGUUGCAGCUGUGGGAGACGGCACUACGCCUCUGAGGAAGAAGGUUCUGCAGCCCUGAAGAUGUAGUAAAGCCCUGAUGAUGUGGAAGAGGCCUGCAGUGAGGCAUCAUGGGUACUGGCAGCAUCUCUGUGCUGUUGCAUUGUGGGUAGUACCAUGUCCCUGUGGCUCGUGGUAACAGUUCCUGCGUGCUGCACUCAUGACUUGAAUUAUUGUUCUAAAUAAUCGUGUGGCUCCUGUUCUCAGGUUCCGGUGCCACAGACGUGUUUUUAUUAUUUAGAAAUGUUCUUAUUUAUGUUUUUGAUUACUGUUGUUGACUUGAUUGUGUUGAUUUGGAUUUGGGGUGCCUGUUCAUUGGCCGCAACCAGAGCCAUAAGGGAGCCAUUUGACCAAUCACAGGACUGGUCCACCAUAUAGCAACCAUUGCAACACAUUGGGGUGAGGGGAGGUGUGGGGGAUGAUGGGGGUUGAAUGGGAUGAAUUGCACUUGAGGUCUCUCAACAGUCGGUACAGAUUAAAUCAGAGCAGCAAUAUGAGUUCAAGCAUAUUGUUGAAGUUGGAGAGGGGAGAAACAGGCCUGGGCACUUUUGGCUUAAAUUACUUUUCUUUUUUUUUACAUUUCUGAAAAUAGGGGCUCAUGCCACCGGGAAAUGCCCCUAUUAUAUUAUAUUACCGUAUAUGCCAGAUGGCCAGUCCAGCCCUUCUGUCAUGAUUUUAGAGAGGGCAUGAUAUUUUAUAUCCGCUCUGUGGGAAUAUUUAAUAUUCACUCUGUGUUGAGUUCAUCAAAGAUUUAUUGAGCUUUUUAUUGGCUCUUUGUUGAGUUUAUCAAAGAUGCAUCUGAUUGGUGCAGAGAUCAUCAAAGAUGCAUCUGAUUGGUGCAGAGAUCAAGCGAGGGCAGAUCUGCCCACGUAUGACUUUAUUGUGAAGUCAUUCAUUCAUUCAUUAAUUACUGCAAGUCUUUUUAAGAGAUCUCUCAUGUUUACAUUGUUCCUUUAAUACUGACGUGGAGGACGCUACAUGUCCUUACUUUCCUCAUCUCUUCUCAUCUCUGUUGUAUUAAAAACUGAGGAUUUUGUCAAGUUUUUCUUGAAUUUUUUUCUUUUCUUUUUCGAUGACAAUUUUAUUUUCAUCCUCUGAUGUCUGUUGUAUUAAAACUGAGGAUUUUGUCAAGUUA